ACUUUACAUUGAAUUACUAUAAAUACAAGGAAUCUUGAUUUUUAAGGGUAUAAUCAAGAACUUGUUUGAAAGAUAGAAUGUUGGAGGGAAAAGCAUAUGUGAAAGAUACUGAUAUGCAAUUGAAGAUGCAGGCUCAUGCAAUGGAUUCUGCUUCUCAAGCUCUUGAUCUUUAUGAUGUUGUAGAUUGCACCUCCAUUGCUGCACAUAUCAAGAAGGAGUUUGAUAGGGUUUAUGGUGGUGGAUGGCAAUGUGUUGUGGGCUCAAAUUUUAGUAGUUUUUUCACUCAUUCAGAAGGGUCUUUUAUAUAUUUUUCAUUGGAGACACUCAAUUUCCUAAUCUUUAAAGGUGCUGCAUAUUGAUUCUUUAAUCAUGAGCUAUGGUUUUUUUGUACCUUUUUAAGAUCUUGAAUAGAUUGUCCAAAUCCAUUAAUAAAAUUUUACUUAUGUAA